AUAGAAACAUCGCUGAAUGGCACCUGCGCGCUAAACAAAAUAAUACACUCAGCUCUCAGUCUCAAUGAUUCACCACAUCUAAAAUGUACUCAUUGUCACAUGCGUUCUGAUGAUGUAAACACUGAAAUUUCGAGGUCCAGAAUCAGACUGACAACCCCACGUGCUCCCUGAGGAGGUGUGUGUUUUUCCCGCGUGAAACUUAAGUUUGGGCAGGAACUCUCGUAAAUCAUGAGCCUGUUUGAGAAGACCAAGUCGUCCGGCAAAGUUUUGUUGGACGACACCACCCCCCUUCAGUGUGUGAUAGAAGCGGCGCAGAACGUGGAAACACAUAUUGAUUAUGUCAUGAAAGUCCAGCGGGGGAUAGCUGCAGAAAAAACCUGGCAGAUUAACCGGAGGUACAGCGACUUCGUGGCCCUCCACGAGUUCCUCAAGAUCACCAACCUGGAGCUUCCCCUCCCUCCCAAGAAGGUCUUUGGCAACAUGGACCGGGAGUUUAUCGCCGAGAGGCAGCAGAGUCUGCAGCAGUACCUCAGCCUCAUCCUGUCUCAUCAUCUCCUAGCAACCAGCUUCAUUGUCAAGAGGUUCCUGGAUCCUUCCAACUACCCGGCCAACUUACAAGAGGUUGCCCUGCAGCACGUGUCCAUGUUCUUCAGGUCGGAGCCCUACUGGGAAGUGGUCGAGCCCUUCCGAGAUAUCGGCUGGAGAAUCCGCAAGAGUUACUUCCUGAUCAGGCCCAAGGACCAGCCUAAAGUCAGACAAAUCCUGGCCUGGUCCGACUUUGGACCAGAUAAAGUCAUGGAGGACAAGGACAUACUGCAAGCCAUGAAGGUCCUUCCUACCAUCCAACAUCCCUACAUCUACCCGGUCACCUUUGCCUCGGCCAACGAGACGGGAGGGUUUGCCAUACGCACCUACCAUGCCACGGGAACGCUCAGGGAUUUCAUUUGCAAGGCCAAGCCUAAGCACCACUACCUGAGGAAAUACUGCCAUCCCAAGUCCUACACUGCCUUCAACAUGAUGAACAUCAAGACCUACGGGAGACAGAUUUUGGAGGCUUUGAAGUUUCUUCAUGAGAAGGGCAUACCCUACGGCCAUCUACACACGGGAAACGUGAUCCUGGAAGGCAACACGUGUAGGCUACUGGACGUUGAGAACUCUAUGCUGGGCCUGCCUUCUUACUACAGGGAUUUCAUAGUGCAACACAAGAAGAUCAACACCACAGAGCAGAUAGACGUGUACAGUUUUGGUCACAUCAUCUUUGAAAUGGUCUUUGGCAUGCCACUGAAUAAGCACUUUAAGGAUGACUUCCCCCACACGGUGCCCUCUCCUAUCAAGUCUGUACUGGAAUCCAUUUUGACGUCUGAAUCCUGUAAAAGUGGCUUACCCAGUGUUGAUGAUCUCAUAGCAGAUCCCUUGUUCAGUGAUGUAUCGGUGGCAUCAGCCCCACAAUUCAGACUGUCCAGCAAGUUAAAAGAACCGCUCAAGAUGGCCAAAGAAAACGGGGUGGAGAAACGGCUCAAGGCGGACCAGAAGCAGCUUGCGAGUUGGCGGAGGGCGUCGAAGGCCCACGCCCAUCACAACUCGGAGGAAGAGAAGAAGAAAAGGAAGAAGGCGUCGGCCAAAAAGAGAAUGUCAGAGCAGCAGCUGAGUGUAACAGACAGCCAGACAAACGGUGCCACCAACGGAGCAACCAAUGGCACAGCAUCUGGAGUAAGCAGUCCGUCAUCAACAGCGCCCUCAUCGCCAUCAUCAGUUCCCCCACCUCCGCAGUCUCCACCCCCUCCAGUAGCCCCCCCACCCCCCGGCGCCCCGUCCCAAGCAUCCCCGGCCCCGAGACCGGCGCCCGCCGGCGAAAGAGGGGCCUUGCUGAGCUCCAUUCAAGGCUUUACCAAGGGCGCCCUCAAGAAGACGGACACCAAGGAUUGCAGCGGGCCGAGGGUGUGAGCCCGACGUCAGCGAGAGAGGAACUCGUGCCAAGCCCAGCUCUGCUGGAUCUUCAAUCCUUAGCACUUUGACUACGAAAAGAAUACGCAAGUCUUUCCAGACUUGAUUGAAUCUGAACCCUUUGAUGUUCAGUGCCCGAUUUCAUGAAACUCACCGUAACUUAUGAUGCAUCGCAGCACUGCGACGCGUCGUAUCCCUAUGAUGCGUUUGCAGCUGUGACAUGUCCUACGAUCCAUUUCACAAAACACGUCAUAAGUGCGACACGUCCUAGGUGUAUUUAUAGGACAACUCGGUGACUGUUUUUUGUAUUUAUUCAGCGUACAGUAAAUAGUCGUCUGAUAUUCAACAAAGAGUUGUCGGAUCUCCUCUCGAAAAGUUUUUAAAAGGUAAAAAAAAAAUGGCGGACGUAAAGGAAAACAAACUCUCAGUGAACUGUAUAGUAACUUAGAAAUUUCAACUGCAAUAUUCCAGGCUAAUUCAUAAGUAUUCAAUGAAUUUUCUAUUUACAACUAUGAUUGUCUCGG